AGCCGCAGCGGAUCCAGAUCAGAUGCUGGAGAACGAGGAGGAGGAGAGGAGGUUCCGCGAGGACACAAACAACAAACAACAAACAACAACAAACACACGGUCUGGUCUGAGCGGCAGGAUGUCGGUGUGGAAGCAGCUGGGACUGCUGCUGUGGAAGAACUUCACCUACAGACGGAGGCAGACGCUUCAGCUCCUGGUGGAGAUCGUGUGGCCGCUCUUCAUCUUCUUCAUCCUCAUCGCCGUGCGGUUGAACUACCCUCCAUACGAACAACAUGAGUGUCAUUUUCCGAACAAAGCGAUGCCGUCGGCGGGAACGCUGCCGUGGAUCCAGGGAAUCCUCUGCAACGCCAACAACCCCUGUUUCAGAAACCCAACUCCGGGCGAGUCCCCGGGCAUUGUGGGUAACUUCAACGACUCCAUAAUUUCUCGUCUGUUUUCUGACGCAAAGAAGAUCCUCCUGUACAGUCAGAAUGACAAAAACCUGGACGGGUUCAAGGAGCUGGUUCAGGCCCUGCAGACCCUGCAGGAGAGCAGAUCAGGUUUCAGGUUGCAUCACUUCCUGCAAGAUGAUGAGACUGUGUCGGACUUCCUGCGGGUCAACACCUCGUUACCUGAACCCAUGGUCCAGGAGAUUCUACAGGCCAACGUCAACCUGGAGCAGGUCCUUCUGAAGGGGUUCGGGGUCCACCUGAGGGACAUGUGUCCUACGAAGGCCGGUGGGUGGAGUCUGGAGGACUUUGUGACCAUCUCAGACCAACAGGUGGCGAUGCUGGUACAGAGGGUCGUCUGCCAAGCCCCGCCCACCUGGCUGAACCGCGCCGAGGAGCACUUCCUGUCCAACGUGGACUUCUUCAAACCCAUCAGGAGGGACGUGAGGUCUGACCCUGAAGCCGUCAAACAGGUCGCCAAGGCAACCAACAAAGUGCUGGACAGUCUGGGACUGCUGGCCGUCGAGCUGGCCGGUAUGAAGAGUUGGAUCGACCUCCGGAACGAGAUCAUCUUCCUGACACACAACGCCACGUCGUCUCCCAGCGCCAUGUACCAGGCGGUGUCCCGGAUCGUGUGUGGACAUCCUGAAGGCGGAGGUCUGCAGAUCAAGUCCCUCAACUGGUACGAGGACAGUAACUACAAGGCCCUGUUCGGGAACCACAACAGCAGCGACGACGAGCCCACGGCCCUGUACGACAACUCCAGCACUCCGUACUGUAACAGCCUGGUGAAGAACAUGGACUCCAACCCGAUGUCUCGGAUGAUCUGGCAGGCCCUGAAGCCUCUGCUCUUGGGGAAGAUCCUGUACACGCCUCACACUCCAGCCACGCAGAGGAUCAUACACGAGGUGAACCGGACCUUCCAGGAACUUGGUGUGUUCAGGGACCUGGGCGGGAUGUGGGAGGAGAUGAGACCCAAGGUGUGGAACUUCCUGGAGAACAGCGAGCAGAUGAACCUCGUCAGGACGAUGCUGAAGAACAACGUCACAGCCAGUUUCUUUCACGCUCAGCUGGUCAACACUGAUUGGACGGUGGCCGAUGUCUCCAACUUUCUGUUGAGGCAAGCUGACGACCCCCGUCCGGCAGGCAGCGCCCUCACCUGGAGGGAGGUGUUCAACGAGACCGACCAGGCCAUCAUGAGCAUCUCCCGCUUCAUGGAGUGCGUGAACCUGGACAAACUGGAGCCGGUGUCCACUGAGGAGCGUCUGGUGAACCAGUCUAUGGUUCUACUGGAGGACAGGAAGUUCUGGGCGGGGAUUGUGUUCCCGGACAUCGAACCCAACGCCACCGAGCUGCCACCUAAACUCAACUACAAGAUCCGCAUGGACAUCGACAACGUGGAGCGGACCAAUAAGAUCAAAGACGCGUACUGGGACCCCGGUCCUCGGGCCGACCCCUUUGAGGACAUGAGGUACAUCUGGGGCGGGUUCUCGUACCUGCAGGACGUCAUCGAGCACGGCAUCAUCAGAGCAAUGACUGGAACCAAAGAGAAGACCGGGGUCUACAUCCAGCAGAUGCCCUACCCCUGCUACGUGGACGACAUCUUCCUCCGUGUGAUGAGCCGCUCCAUGCCUCUCUUCAUGACUCUGGCCUGGAUGUACUCGGUGGCGAUCAUCCUGAAGAGUGUGGUUUAUGAGAAAGAGGCUCGUCUGAAGGAGACCAUGAGGAUCAUGGGAUUGGACAACGGCAUCCUGUGGUUCAGCUGGUUCAUCAGCAGCCUCAUCCCCCUGCUGAUCAGCGCUGGGCUGCUGGUGCUGCUGCUCAAGAAGGGGAACCUUCUGCCCUACAGUGAUCCUGGCGUCGUCUUCCUCUUCCUUGGAUCCUUCGCCGUCGUCACCAUCAUGCAGUGUUUCCUGAUCAGCACGGCGUUCGCCCGCGCUAACCUGGCGGCGGCCUGCGGUGGGAUCAUCUACUUCACGCUGUACCUGCCCUAUGUGUUGUGCGUGGCCUGGCAGGACUACAUCGGCUUUGGAGCCAAAGUCUUCGCCAGCCUCCUGUCACCGGUGGCGUUCGGAUUCGGCUGUGAAUACUUCGCUCUGUUUGAGGAGCAGGGAGUCGGGAUCCAGUGGAAGAACCUGGUGUCGAGUCCUUUGGAAGAGGACGACUUCAGCCUGAGGACGGCCAUCAUCCUCAUGUAUGUGGACUCCUUCCUGUACGGAGUCCUCACCUGGUACAUCGAGGCCGUCUUCCCAGGUCAGUAUGGGAUCCCACGGCCCUGGUUCUUCCCCUUCACCAAGUCCUACUGGUUUGGACACAAGGACUCAAAGUCCAGCAAAGUUCCCCUAAACCGGAAAGGAAACCCUGGAGCGGUGUGUAUGGAGGAGGAACCAGCCCACCUGGAACCAGGAGUCUAUAUCGAGAACCUGGUCAAGGUUUACCGACAUGGGAAGAAGCUGGCAGUCGAUGGACUGACGCUCGGAUUCUACGAAGGACAGAUCACAUCCUUCCUGGGACACAAUGGAGCUGGGAAAACCACCACCAUGUCCAUCCUGACUGGUCUGUUCCCGCCCACCUCAGGCACCGCCUACAUCUUGGGCAAAGACAUCCGGUCUGAGCUGAGUGCCAUCCGACAGAGUCUGGGCGUCUGUCCACAACACAACGUCCUGUUCAGCAUGCUGACGGUGGAGGAGCACAUCUGGUUCUAUGCUCGGCUCAAAGGUCUGUCUGAAGAGCAGGUGAAGUCUGAGAUCGAGCAGAUCCUGCAGGACACCGGUCUACCUCAUAAACGCUCAUCCAGGACCAGCACUCUGUCUGGAGGCAUGCAGAGGAAGCUGUCUGUGGCACUGGCCUUUGUAGGGGGGUCAAAGGUCGUUAUCCUGGAUGAGCCCACGGCUGGUGUCGACCCAUACGCCCGUAGAGGAAUUUGGGAUCUGCUGCUAAAAUACCGCCAGGGUCGGACCAUCAUCCUGUCCACUCACCACAUGGACGAGGCUGACAUCCUAGGCGACCGCAUCGCCAUCAUCUCCCACGGGAAACUCUGCUGCGUGGGCUCAUCUCUGUAUCUGAAGAACCAGUUGGGAACUGGGUACUACCUGACCCUGGUCAAGAAAGAACCGGAACCAUCGCUGAGCUCCUGCAGGAACUCAUCCAGCACCGUGUCCUUCAGCAAGAAGGAGGAGGACGGCACCUCCGUCAGCAGCAGCGAUGCAGGACUGGGCAGUGACCAUGAAAGUGAGGCCGCUACCAUCGAGAACGGUCCGUCCGCCUCCUUCUGCGGCGGUGCCUUCGUUCCCCCUGACGUGUCCCUGGUGUCGGGCCUCAUCCUGCGUCAUGUUCCUGCCGCUCGCCUGGUGGAGGACCUGGGCCACGAGUUGACCUACGUCCUGCCCUACGGCGCCGCCAAAGACGGCGCCUUCGUGCAGCUCUUCAAAGACCUGGACGACAAACUGCCCGACCUCGGCAUCUCCAGCUACGGAGUAUCUGACACCACGCUGGAGGAGAUUUUCCUGAAGGUGGCUGAAGAUAACGGAGUCGACACUGAAGUACCCUCAGAUGGGACUCUUCCUGUCCGACGGCGGCGGCGAACUCAUGCUUUCGGCGGAGGAGACCAUCAGAGCUGCCUCCGCCCUCUGACUGAAGACGACAACAAUGAUUGCAACGACUCCGAUGGAGACCCAGCUGAGAUGAAGGAGACCGAUUGGCUGAACUGCAGCGACGGUAAAGGCUCAUUCCAGGUGAAGGGGUGGAGCCUGAAGAGGCAGCAGUUUGUGGCUCUGAUUUGGAAACGCUUCCUUUACGCCCGGCGCUCCAGGAAAGGCUUCUUCGCUCAGAUCGUCCUUCCCGCCGUGUUCGUCUGCAUUGCUCUGGUCUUCAGCCUCAUCGUCCCUCCGUUUGGAAAGUAUCCCAGUCUGGAGCUGCAGCCGUGGAUGUACGAGGACCAGGUCACCUUCUUCAGUGAUGAUGCUCCUGCAGACGCCAACAUGCAGCAGCUGCUCAACUCUCUGAUGGACGCUCCAGGGUUUGGAACUCGCUGUAUGGACGGACACCCCAUCCCAGAAGCUCCGUGUACGAUGGGGGACGAGGACUGGAGCACCCCCGAGGUCCCGGAGUCGGUCCAGCACAUCUUCAGAACCGGGAACUGGACCAUGAACGACCCGUCUCCGGCCUGUUUCUGCAGCUGCGACGGGAAGAAGAAGAUGCUGCCGGACUGUCCCGCAGGCGCCGGAGGUCUGCCGCCGCCAGAGAUGAAGCUCAGCGCCACAGAUACUCUGCAGAACCUGACAGGAAGAAACAUCUCUGACUACCUGGUGAAAACGUACGCUCAGAUCAUCGGCAAGAGCCUCAAGAACAAAGUGUGGGUCAACGAGUUCAGGUAUGGAGGUUUCUCAUUGGGUGCCAGGAGCACACAGGUCCUCCCACCAGCCAAUGAGAUCGAUGAUGCCAUUGUGAGAGUCCGAAAGAUCUUUGAGCUUCAGAAGGGAGCUGCAGCAGAUCGAUUCCUCGACAGUUUGUCAGGUUUCAUCAACGGUUUAGACACGAAAAACAAUGUGAAGAUCUGGUUCAAUAACAAAGGUUGGCACAGCAUCGGCGCCUUCAUCAACGUGAUGAACAACGGCAUCCUGAGGGCCAACCUGCCUCCAGGGGCCGACCCCAGCCACUACGGCAUCAGUGCCUUCAACCAUCCCCUGAACCUGACCAAGGAGCAGUUGUCCCAGGUGGCCCUAGUAACGACCUCCGUGGACGUCCUGGUGUCCAUCUGCGUCAUCUUCGCCAUGUCCUUCGUCCCCGCCAGCUUCGUGGUCUUCCUGAUCCAGGAGCGCGUCAGUAAAGCCAAACACAUGCAGUUCAUCAGUGGAGUUCAGCCGCUGCUUUACUGGGUCGCCAACUUCAUCUGGGACAUGUGUAACUACAUCGUCCCGGCAACGCUCGUCAUCCUCAUCUUCAUCUGUUUCCAACAAAAAGCCUAUGUGUCGUCCACCAACCUGCCGGUGCUCGCACUGCUGCUGCUGCUCUAUGGCUGGUCCAUCACACCGUUGAUGUACCCCGCCUCCUUCUUCUUCAAGAUCCCCAGCACGGCGUACGUUGUCCUCACCAGCGUCAACAUCCUGAUCGGCAUCAACGGCAGCAUCUCCACCUUCGUCAUGGAGCUUUUCGGAAACAACGAGAUCGGAGGAAUCAACGACAUCCUGAAGAACGUUCUCCUGAUCUUCCCUCACUUCUGUCUGGGCCGUGGACUCAUCGACAUGGUCAAGAACCAGGCCAUGGCCGACGCCCUGGAGAGAUUCGGUGAGAACCGGUUCCGGUCUCCUCUGGAGUGGGACAUGGUGGGGAAGAACCUGUUUGCGAUGGCGGUGGAGGGGGUGGUAUUCUUCAUCAUCACCGUCCUCAUCCAGUAUCGAUUCUGCAUCAAACCCAGGUCUGAGAGCAUACUCACCAAACUUGGACCUCUGGGUGAAGAAGACGAGGACGUGUACCGUGAAAGACAGAGGAUCAUCCACGGUCUUGGACAUGGAGACAUUCUGGAGCUCCGACAGCUCACCAAGGUGUUCAAGGUCAAACAGAAGCCGGCUGUGGACCGACUGUGUGUGGGAAUUCCUCCUGGAGAGUGUUUCGGUUUACUCGGAGUCAACGGAGCCGGAAAAACAACCACCUUUAAGAUGUUAACGGGAGACACGGUGGUGACCAGCGGAGAAGCCUUCCUUAAUGGGAAGAGCAUUCUGAGGGAGAUCGACGAGGUCCAUCAGAACAUGGGAUACUGUCCUCAGUUUGACGCCAUCAACGAGCUGCUGACGGGGCGGGAGCAUCUGGAGCUGUACGCCGUUCUCAGAGGGGUGCCCGAGAAGGAAGUCUGCGACGUGGCUGAAUGGGGCAUCCGGAAGUUGGGUUUGGUGAAGUACGCCGACAAAGCAGCAGGAAGUUACAGCGGAGGAAACAUGAGGAAACUGUCAACGGCCAUGGCUCUGAUUGGAGCUCCGCCUGUUGUCUUCCUGGACGAACCCACCACUGGGAUGGACCCCAAAGCCCGCCGAGCGCUCUGGAACUGCAUCCACAGCGUCAUCAAGGAGGGGCGGUCCAUCGUACUCACCUCACACAGUAUGGAAGAGUGUGAGGCUCUAUGCACCAGGAUGGCCAUCAUGGUGAAUGGCAGGUUCAGGUGUCUGGGCAGCGUCCAACACCUGAAGAACAGGUUUGGAGACGGGUACACCAUCAUCUUGCGGGUGGCGGGACCCGACCCCGACCUGCUGCCCGUCAUGAAGUUCAUCGAGAGCGAACUGAGCGGCAGCACGUUGAAGGAGAAACACCGCAACAUGCUCCAGUACCAGCUGCCGUCAUCUCUCACUUCACUGGCCCACAUCUUCUCCAUCCUCGCCAAGAACAAGGAGGCGUUGAGAAUUGAAGACUACUCUGUCUCCCAGACCACCCUGGACCAGGUGUUUGUAAACUUUGCGAAGGAUCAGAGCGAUGACUACCACUCCAAAGAUGCAUCAGUGCGACGCAGACACGUCGCCGUCGACAUCCCCACGCUGAGCUCCGACGGCACCGAAUCUGACAAACUGAGAGAGAGUGUCAUGUGACCUGCCUGUGUCACCCUGCUGCUCACUCUCUGUGAUGCCACUCCGUGGUGGGCGGAGUCUCGCCACCUCAUGCCAGUCAAUGCAAAGUGUUUCCCACGGAGGAGCUUAAAGACUUGAAUAAAUGCCAACGCCCACUGAGCGCGUGCGGCUUUAGUUUCCUUCCUCUGUGCUUUUAAUGAAUGAUGAAGAAUCCAAAUCAUUUCAACGGCCAAAUUUUGAUUUUAAUCUAUUUUUAUUGUAAAAAUGUUUAUUUAUAUGUUGUACCAAUCAGAGCUGGAUGUGGAUCAAAGUACUGGUUGAUUUUGUAGUUUUUGUAUGAAACGGUAAAAGCAGCGGAUCAGUGAAAUACCUCAACACACACUACAGUAUUCACUUCCUCUUCCAGUCAGCUGAUGGGUCAGCUGAUCAGUCCGCUGUCGGACUCGUCGCAGCACUUUAACAUCAGUUUGUCUUUGCACUGAAUGAUGAGCGUAAUCUGUUUGUUUUCUGAUCAGACUGAUCGAUAAUUGAAAAUCUGUUCACGAGGCAGAAAAGGCUGAUGGGAAGAAAACUGUUACUGUCCCUGAAUGACCCACAAUAAACAGAUCUACUGUCUCCA